CAGAACACAGCCAGAUACUCCCAGGGAGCCACAGGUAACCACCAGACCUCACACAGCGCACAGUGCAGGCACCGGUGGGGUGGGGUGGGGCGACCUGAUUUCUCCAUCUUUCUGCAGAAGUUUCUGGAAAGGACGACCCCCUUGAUUGUUUGGUAAGCUGUGAUAACCAGUCGCCAUGCCAGCCGUAAUACCAGAAGCCUUUAAACAUGUCGGCAAGGACCUGGGACUUCAAAUAUGGACCAUCGAGAAAAUGGAAGUGGUCCCCAUCCCUCCGAAGGCUUACGGGAACUUUUUUGAAGGCGAUUGCUACUUGAUACUGUUCGCCAAGAAGACGGCCAGUGGGAUCUCUCAGGCCAUCCAUUUCUGGAUCGGGAAAGCAUCCUCGCAAGACGAGCAGGGGGCUGCAGCCAUGUACGUCACCCAGCUGGACGAUUGCCUGGGAGGGAGUCCCACCCAGUACCACGAGACACAGGGCCACGAGUCCCCAGAGUUCAAAAGCUACUUCAAGAAUGGCAUUGUGUACAAGAAAGGAGGUGUCGCCUCAGGGUUCAAGCACGUGGAGACAAACGUGUACAACAUCCGCCGUCUGCUCCACGUUAAGGGGAAGAAGAAAGUGGCGGCCACAGAGGUCGACCUUUCCUGGGACAGCUUCAACUCAGGCGACGUUUUCCUCUUGGAUUUGGGCAAAGUCAUCGUCCAAUGGAACGCGCCACGGAGCAACAGGACGGAGAGGUUAAAGGCCCUGCUGCUCGCCCAGGACAUCAGGGACCGCGAGCGAGGAGGCAGGGCCCAGAUUGGCAUCGUGGACGGGGAUCGCGAGAACCAGAGUCCCGAGCUGAUGAAGAUCAUGACAGCCAGUUUGGGAGAGCGGAGGGGAGAGCUGAAGGAGGCUCUACCAGAUGAGAAGGCUGACCAGCUGCAGAAGUCCAACAUCAGGCUCUACCAUGUUUCCGACGCAACGGGGAACCUGAUGGUGCAAGAAGUAGCCAGUCGACCGCUGACCCAGGACUUACUGAAGCACGAGGACUGCUAUAUCUUGGACCAGGCUGGAGUCACGAUCUUUAUAUGGAAGGGCAAGGAGGCUAACAAAGAAGAGAGACGAGCUGGCAUGAGCAGGGCCUUGGGGUUCAUCAAGGCCAAGAACUACCCAGACAGCACAAACGUGGUGGUGCUGAACGACGGGGCUGAGUCUGCCAUCUUCAAGCAGCUCUUCAAGAAGUGGAUGGUAAAGGGGCAGACCCAGGGUCUGGGCAAGAAGCACACAGUGGGCAAGAUUGCCAAGGUAGAACAGACCAAGUUUGAUGUGACCGAGUUGCACGCCAGGCCUGACCUGGCUGCGAGGAAGAGGAUGGUAGACGACGCCUCGGGCAAGGUCGAGAUAUGGCGAAUUGAGGAGAGAGAGCUGGUUCCAGUCGAUCCCAAGACCUAUGGACAGUUCUACGGCGGAGACUGCUACUUGGUGCUGUACACCUACAUGAGGAACAACAAGCCUGCGUAUAUCCUCUACAUGUGGCAGGGUCUGCACGCGUCGCCCGAUGAGAUCGCCGCCUCAGCCUACCAGGCGGUGAACCUUGACAACCAAUACCGCGGGGAGCCGGUGCAGGUCCGGGUGGUGAUGGGCCACGAACCUCGCCACUUCCAGGCCAUCUUCAAGGGCAAGCUCAUCGUCUUCCAGGGUGGGACGGGCCGCAGCGGGAAGACCGAAGAUGUGCCUGUCAGGCUGUUCCAGGUGCGGGGCACCACGGAGCUGAACACCAAGGCCACUGAGGUGCCUGCCCGCGCCUCCUCCCUCAACUCUAACGACAUCUUUGUGCUCAAGACAGAACAGACCACUUACAUGUGGUGCGGCAGGGGAUGCAGCGGUGAUGAGCGAGAGAUGGCGAAGUCAGUGGCCAACAACCUGUCCAAGCGGGAGAAGCAGACGGUUCUGGAGGGACAGGAGCCGGCUGAGUUCUGGGCCGUGCUGGGUGGGAAAGCGCCGUAUGCCAGUGAUAAACGGUUUCAGGAGGACGACAUUGAAUAUGAUCCACGGCUCUUUGAAUGCUCCAAUCAGACAGGAAGAUUCAUCAUGACGGAGAUUUACGACUUCACCCAGGAAGACCUGGAUGAAGAUGAUGUCAUGUUGCUGGACACAUGGGAAGAGAUAUUCCUGUGGAUAGGACAGUCAGCCAACGACUAUGAGAAGCAGGAGUCGAUCACCUCGGCGAGGGACUACCUUCGGUCACACCCAUCGGAGCGCGACCCGCACACUCUCAUCGUCCAGGUGAAGCAAGGUGCUGAACCCCUAACCUUCACUGGCUGGUUCAACGCCUGGGACAUGCACAAGUGGGCCGCCGGCGGUGGAAGCAGCUACGACAGGAUGAAGGGUAACUUUGGCGAUGUUUCAGCUAUCACACAGAUCUCCGUGGAUCUCCACGAUACCAACCUGAACAGGAAACAUGCCCCAGCCUCAACUCCCUCCCCCUCCUCCUUCUUCAGUCCUCAGGUGGCUGGGGCCCAGUCAACCCACAGACCUCCAUCUACGGGCACUGUACACGCCACUCCCUCCCCAUCCUCCUCCUCGGCCGGGCCCGUCAUCGUCAAUGGCAAGGAGUGUUACCCUCGCGAACUGCUGAUAAACGUCCCGCCGGAGGAGCUUCCUGAAGGGGUGGAUCCGGAGAAAAAGGAGCAAUAUCUGUCUGACAAGGACUUUGAGGACAUUUUCAAAAUGACGCGGGAGGAGUUUAACCAGGGGCCAAACUGGAAGCGGGUGGUACUGAAGAAGCAGCACAAUCUCUUCUAGAGGGACGAGCAGCCUUCUGUCGCCACCACAUCUACACAGCAAGAGUAAUUACAGCAGGCAAUAGGUCAAGAUAGAGAGAUAUAUAUUUUUUCCUUUUUUAUAUAAAAAUAAUCUUUUUCUCUGUAAAGCUGACACUAAAAUGUCAAAUUAGUCUGUAGCUUGUUCUGAAUGCUUUCAUCUUUGCGAAUGCAUACGAACUUUCCGAUAAGUGGCGUUUGUUUCCUUGGUUGUUUUGGAAAGGUGUGUUCCGGGGCCCAGUCCACCAUGAUCGAACGGGAGAGCAGACUCAGAGUCACAGAAAUAGGCCCUUCAGCCCAUCUAGUCCAUGCUAAAAUGUUACUGUGUCUCGUCCCACAGUCCUCCAUACCCCUCCCAUUCAUGCACUUGUCCAAACUUCUCUUGAAUUUUGCAAUCAAGCCCUCAUCCACCUUCUGCUUGUUCCACCCUCCGAGAGGAGAAGUUCCCUGUAAAUAUUUCAGCUUUAACUUCUGACCUUUAGUUCUUGUCUCACCCAGUCUCAGUGGAAAAAGCCUGCUUGCAUUUACCCUACCUCCCCCUAUGAUAAUUUUGUCUACCUCUAUCAAAUCUCCUCUCGAUUUUCUGUGCUCCAGGGAAUAAAAGCCCAAACGAUGCAGACUCUGCCUAUGACUCUGGUCUUCAUGUCCUGACAGCAGCCUUGCUCCUGUGUGGCCUUAUGAGUGUUGGCUGGCCCAUUAAGGCUGAAGCAAAGCCGAUUAGGUCUGAGUCUGGCUUCGGUGCCUCGGCCCGGGUGGCAGAGUAGGGUCAGGGUCACUGUACUUGCCGCGAUCCCCCUGCCCGGCCACUUUCUAGUCAGGCCUGCUGGAAUCUGACUGACUAACUGGAAUCAAUCUGGCUGACUGGAAUCCCAAGGUAUGCCUAGGGAGGUGAGGCCUGGUGAGGAUAUAGCAACUAAAUCACAAGGCCGUAUAAUAUAGGAGUGGAAUCAGGCCAUUCAGCCCAUCAAGUCUGCUCUCCCAUUCAAUUAUGACUGAUUCUUCAGCCUCCCCUUUUACCUCCCUGUAAUUCCUUAAACCCCCUUUCCAAUCAGUUGCUGUCUUAAUGAGGACAGACAGUGCCUUCUUCCUGAGGCGGCAAUGGCUAAUACGAGGGGGCAUAAUUUUAAGGUGACUGGAGGAAAGUCAGAGGUAGGUUUCUUACAUGGAGAUUGGUAGGUGUGUAGGCCGCACUGUUACAGAGAUGGUAGAUGCAGAUACAUCAGGGGCAUUUAAGAUGCUCUUAAAUAGGCACAUGGAUGGUAGAAAAAUGGAGGGCCAUCUCCAACUCAUGAGAAAAUCUGCAGAAGCUGGAGAGCACACCCAAUAUGCUGGAGGAACUCAGCAGGUCAGGCAGCGCCAAUGGAGAAGAGUGACCAGCUGGCAAUUUGGACUGAAACCCUUCAUCAGGAUCAGGCUAUCUCAACGACUGGGUGGAGUCCCCAGCUGUCGGGCAGAGGCUCCAGCAGCUGGUAGGAUCCAGAUGUUGGGAAAGCUCGAGAAUUAGAAUCAGGUUUACUAUCACUGACGUCUGUCCUGAAGUGUGUCGUUUUGUAGCAGCAGUGCAGUGCAAUUCAUAAAGGAUGACUGUAACUUAGAAAAAUUCAGCCUACCAAGUCUGCCGUGCCAUUCUCAUAUCCAAUUUCUUUUCUCAACAUUCUCCCGCCGCCUUCUCGUAACCCUUAACCCAUUUACUCAGGAAACUAUCACCCUCCACUUUAAAUGCACCCGAAGACUGGGCCUCCACAGUCGCCCAUGGCAAUGAAUUCCAGAUUCACUACCCUCUAACUGAAGAAAUUCCCCCUCAUCUCUGUUCUAAAGGGAGAUCCCUCUAUUCUGAGGCUGUGCCCUCUGGUCCGAGACUCCCCCACUACAGGAAACAUCCUCUCCACAUCCACCCUCUCCGGGCCUUUCAGGAGGACAACUCACCCAACCCACUCUAAAGGGAGGAAUAAACAGUUGAAGUUUUGGGCUGGGACUCCACUGAAGCUACCUGACCUCCAGAAUGUUGUGUGUGCAUUGCUCAAGAUUUCUAGUGUCUGCAGAACCUCUUGUGUUUGUUAUUUUAACUCAACUUGGUCCUGAGUGGGACAGGCACAAUCCGUUCCCCCAGUCUUGAAACAUGCCGCGUCCUAACUGCUACGUGGUUGGUGGAGUUGGUAGUUGAUUAGUCCACUUUAACCGGACAAGUUUAAGUUCCCUCCAUUUACGGUUGAGAUAUUUAUUGGGAACAACAUGGAGACAAAGCCAUUCCUCACCCUCUGGGGAACCUCCUUUACUCUGAGUGAAAUGGAUAUCUUUGCAAUAUUACUAAAUAGACGCCAUCCUGACCCACAAGGAUGCGUCCUCUGGUUGUAUCACGUGACCACCUGUUCCACGCCUGCCACUGGUCUAUUUGUCUAGGUCAAAGUACUUCACGGCAGUCAUUGGCAUGUUCCUAUCUUGUCCAUUUGGUCAAUUUUGACACUCAGCUGAUUUCUCACACAGCUCCAGUAUUUUUAUCAUUAGAAAGGCUGCCUUUGUUGGAUGAGCUGUCUGAAUUUCUACAGCGCCUUCCACAGCCUAAGGUGAUUAAAAAGCCAAACAGGAAGUUUAAGACUUGUGCAACACACAGGGACCCGGGGGAACUGCCCGCAGAUAUAGCUCUCCAUGAGAGAGGACCAUUCAUCUCUGUUUUCUUAAACUGAUCUCAAAAGAUGAAAGUAUUGUGCAGAUAUAUUAAAAUAAUGA